AUGGGUAUUUGCGGUUCGAAGAAUACAGAGGUAACAGAGCCUGCUGUUUCGCGGCAGAGAGACGGGGGACGAGAGAAUGUCCUCAGCGGGCAAGGCAGGCCAUCAAAUAACCCCACAUCCAGCGACUCUAACGAUACGCGUGUAGAGAAGGGCGACCACGCUUGUCCGGCGGAUGUAAGUGCAACAAACAGCUCCGAGAGGUCCAAGAAGGACGAAGAAGUGAAGGUACUGUUACUUGGCGCCGGGGAAAGUGGUAAGUCGACGAUUAUACAGCAACUCAAGAUCCUGCAUCAGAACGGUUUCACGCAGGACGAACUGUUAGAAUACAGAUCCGUGGUGUUCAGAAACCUUCUGGAUAUAGGUAAAGAGCUAAUAGAGGCGAGAACAAAAUUUGAAGUGUCAUUGGAGAGUGACUCUGGAAUAACGGAGAAGGAUUUGCAGGGCUUUUAUCGCUUUGAUGCAAACGAUGACAGAAAGACCGAUGGUGAAAAUGCAACGGUAAAGAAUUCUGAGAACGGUGCAAUAUCUCAGCCGGUAGAGAAAGAACCGUCUGAAAGUGAAAGUGAUCAAUCGCUCUCUAACCUGGUACAGUUCCCCGCAGAGCUCGCUGAUACUCUUAGAAAGUUGUGGAAUUUGCCCUCAACGCAGCAACUGAUAGAAGGGAAACAUCGCUCUGAAUUUUAUCUUAUGGAUUCUGCUAGCUACUACCUUGAAAAUCUGACUAGAAUAGCGAGGUCGGACUACAUUCCUAAUGAGCAAGACAUUUUACGUUCCAGACAGAAGACGUCCGGUUUAUUUGAUAGCGUAUUCGACUUGGGAUCAAACUUGAAGCUACAUAUAUACGAUGUUGGUGGACAACGGUCUGAGCGCAAAAAGUGGAUUCACUGCUUUGAUAAUGUCACCUUGAUCAUAUUUUGCGUCUCAUUGUCCGAAUAUGAUCAAUUGUUGCUUGAGGAUCAGGAUCAAAAUAGAUUUCAGGAGUCGUUGGUGCUUUAUGACAAUGUCGUGAAUAGCAGGUGGUUCGCUCGCACAUCUGUUGUCCUGUUCUUGAACAAAAUCGAUCUUUUCGCUGAGAAAAUCCAGAAGGUACCUUUGGAGAACUACUUCCCGGACUAUACGGGAGGACAGGAUAUAAACAAAGCAGCCAAGUAUAUCUUAUGGAGAUUUGUGCGGCUGAAUAGAGCCAACUUAAACAUAUAUCCUCAUGUCACACAGGCUACGGAUACGUCAAAUAUUAAGCUGGUAUUCGCCGCGAUAAAAGAGACUUUACUAGAGAACACUUUGAAAGACUCUGGUGUAUUAUGA